UUUACAUUCUGCUUUCACUUUCAGCACUUUUAUUCUUCUCCACUAAAAGCGAUUGCUUGUUUUACAGACGCCCUUGAAGGCGGCGUGACACAACAACGAAGAUGGCGUGCUGUCGAAAUUGUUUUUGUUGCCGGUGUUGCUGCCCAGAAGGAGACACCAGGACGCCGGAGGAACUGACAAUUCUUGGGGAAAUUCGGGAUGAAGAAGAUGAGAUUCUACCCAGGAAGGACUACGAGAGCUUGGAUUAUGACCGCUGCAUCAACGAGCCCUACGUGGAGGUUCUGGAGGGGGUGGACAACAAGAAAUCCGGGAGGUACGAGGCGGUGCGGUGGAUGAUGGUGUUUCUGAUCGGGGUCACCGUGGGUCUGGUCGGCCUGUUCAUAGACUUCUUCGUGCACCUCUUCACCAAGAUCAAGUUCACCCUGGUGGGCGAUUCUAUAGAGAAGUGCAGCGAUAAAGGCUGUCUGUCCUUGUCGCUGCUGGAAUUCCUCUCCUUCAACAUGACCUUCGUCUUCAUCGCCAGCGUGCUCGUCCUCAUUGAGCCAGUGGCUGCAGGUUCGGGGAUUCCAGAGAUCAAAAGUUACUUGAACGGAGUGAAGAUUCCCAGAAUCGUUCGGAUGCGCACGUUUCUCUGCAAAGUGGGCGGAGUCCUGUUCAGCGUCGCUGGAGGGCUGUUCGUGGGGAAGGAAGGUCCGAUGAUACACAGUGGAGCCAUAGUGGGGGCCGGGCUUCCUCAGUUCCAGAGCAUCACUUUCAAGAGGAUCAAACUCGAUUUCCCCUACUUCCGCAGUGACAGGGACAAGCGGGAUUUCGUGUCGGCUGGAGCCGCUGCAGGAGUCGCCGCUGCCUUCGGCGCUCCCAUAGGAGGAACUCUCUUCAGUCUGGAGGAGGGCUCGUCUUUCUGGAACCAGGCCCUCACCUGGAAAGUGCUCUUCUGCUCCAUGUCGGCCACUUUUACUCUGAACUUCUUCCGCUCGGGGAUCAACUUCAACAAGUGGGGUUCGUUCCAGCUGCCUGGUCUGCUCAACUUUGGAGAGUUUAAGUGUCCGGAUGGGGAUAAGAACUGCCACCUGUGGACGGCCGUGGACUUGGCCUUCUUUGUCCUGAUGGGCGUGGUCGGCGGCCUGCUGGGCGCGCUCUUCAACUGCAUGAACAAGUGCCUGUCCAAGUAUCGCAUCCGGCACAUCCACCCCAAAGCCAAGUUCAUCAGGGUUCUGGAGAGCCUGCUGGUUGCCAUGGUGACGACGGUGGUGAUAUUUGCAGCUUCCAUCCUUUUGGGCGAAUGCCGCGACCUGGCCGCUCCCACAGCCCACAACACAACGCUGGCUGGUAGCGAGGACAUCAACUCCACCAUCCGCCAGUUCUUCUGCUCCAACAAGACCUACAAUGACAUGGCAACGCUGUUCUUCAACCCGCAGCAGGCGGCGAUCCACCAGCUCUUCCACCAGGACGGUACCUUCAGCCCGGUGACUCUGUUGGUGUUCUUCCUGCUCUACUUCCUGUUGGCCUGUUGGACUUACGGCGUCUCCGUCCCCAGCGGCAUCUUCGUCCCCUCGCUGCUCUGCGGGGCAGCGUUCGGACGUCUGGUCGCGAACAUCCUCAAAGUGAAACUGGGAAUGGACAUCUACUCCGGGACGUUCGCGCUCAUCGGAGCUGCCGCCUUCCUCGGAGGCGUCGUCAGGAUGACCAUCAGUCUCACCGUCAUCCUCAUCGAAUCCACCAAUGAGAUCACGUUCGGGCUGCCCAUCAUGAUCACACUCAUGGUUGCCAAGUGGACUGGAGAUUUCUUCAACAAGGGUCUCUAUGACAUCCACAUCGAGCUGAAAGGAGUGCCCCUGCUGGAGUGGGAGACUGAGGUUGAGAUGGACAAGCUCACCGCCAGCGACAUCAUGGAGCCCAACUUGACCUACGUAUAUCCCCACACCCGGGUCCAGUCUCUGGUCAGCAUCCUGCGCACCACCAUGUACCACGCCUUCCCCGUGGUCACAGAAAAUCGGCAGAAUGAACGCGAUUUCAUGAAAGGCAACAUCCUGAUCAGCAACAACAUCCGCUUCAAGAAAUCCAGCGUUGUGUCCCGUGCGGGGGAACAGCGGCGGCGAUGCCAGUCUAUGAAGUCGUACCCAUCCAGCGAGCUGAGGAACGUUUGUGACGAGCAGAGUGCUGCGGUUGAGCCGACGGAGGAGGGAGAGGACAUGCUUCAGCAGAUGUUGGAGAGAAGGCACAUGCCCUACCCCAACCUGUACCCGGACCAGUCUCCCAGUGAGGAGUGGACCAUGGAGGAGCGCUUCAGACCGCUCACCUUCCACGGCCUGGUCCUCCGUUCCCAGCUGGUCAACCUGCUCAUCCGAGGGGUCUGCUACUCCGAGAACCAGUCGAGCGCCACUCAGCCCAGACUGUCGUACGCAGAGAUGACUGAAGAUUACCCACGUUACCCUGACAUCCACGACCUGGACCUCGCCCUGCUCAACCCCCGCAUGAUAGUGGACGUCACCCCCUACAUGAACACAAGUCCAUACACAGUUUCACCAACCACCAGAAUCUCCCAGGUGUUCAACCUGUUCAGGACCAUGGGCCUGCGACACUUACCGGUGGUCAAUGCUGUUGGAGAAAUCGUUGGGAUAAUAACGAGACAUAAUUUAACCCACGAGUUCCUCCUGGCCAAACUGCGACAGCACUACAUCACAGUUUGACCCGUCUGUGGACAUUCGGCCGAGGUUCUGCUCAGUUUGGUCCUUCGGCCUUUGUUUUGGUCUGUUCCCAACAUCAUUCCAGCGUUUCACAACCACACAUAUGUAACCGCGGUACUGGAGGGAACGCAGUAGGUUAAACUGUCAUGUUGUAGUUCACUGGUUUUACAUGCUCCCUGUCGAAGAAUCAGCUUUCCUCCAGUCCAGACGGUAGGAGUGUAAACUUUCAUUCAUCCACCAAUCAUGAGGAUACUGAUGACAUGGACACUUGCUCAGACUACGAGCAGCAGGACUGAUGGGUUUCUGCCUCAGCACAAGGGUAUGGGUGUUAGCGAGUUGCUAGUAGUGACACUCAGUACGUUUCCAUGCACUAACAGAAACAGAAUUGUUGCCUUAAUCCGACCGAUAAUUAAUUUUUAAAAGCCAUGUAUACACCUUAGUCGGACUGUAGUCAAACCGAACUGAAGCUCUUGAGAUCGAGUUAGUGCCAGAUAAUGCGUCCUAAUCUGAGUUAUUCCAGCAUGUAUACGCAACUCACACUUAGCCGAGAUACUGACUGCCCCGGGACUCCGCCUUCUGGAAGUGACCUCACUGAAAAAGCCAGAAUAUCAACAUAGUAGGAGAAGAAGAAGAUGAACAACAAAGAACUAACAGAAAGAACGCCAACGCAAAAGUGCAUGUGGCGCCACCUGUCAUUACGGAGUCGGAUGCAACUCACUCAAUAAUACAUUGUCUUCUCGUGCAUGUAUACUUGGAUUUCUCUGAACCUCCAGUUUAAUCCUGAGCUAGAUUGUUGCCAGUAACUUGAUUUAGAUGUGCAUGGAUUCACACUGACUGUGACUUUGGUAACCGAUAGAUGUUAAUUAAUUUACUGGUUUAAUAUCUAACUGACUUUGUUGGUUGGUCUGGUUGACAAAUAAAUAACCAGCUCCUGGAGGGACUGGUAUUUCCAAAACAUACAUAUCUUAAAUUACUGCCAGAUGGCCUGAAAACUGAGUAUAAUACAGUUUAAGAGCUUUCUGAACCUCUGAAAGUCAGUAGAAGGGUAAUAUGUGCCCUUAAAGUGACCCACUGGUGUCUUUGCUCGUAGUCUGAAGCCUGUUGCACAGCAAACUACCAAAAUGAAGAUUUCCCUUCAGAGAGUUGCUCACUAACUUUUUAACAGUGUUUCUUUUGAUGGUUCUGUUUUGAUUUGCAAGCAUUUUUAAUUUUUGUCUGUUUUGUUUGUUUUGUUUUGCUUUGUUUUGUUGAGUUGACGGUGUGAUUGACUGGAACAUAUGCACUAAAAGCAGACGUACGUUGCGGCCUGCAGCUGAACUCGACCUCAGUCGUGGUUUGAAGUUGCUUCUUCAUCCCACGUGUGCACACAUGGUCUCGUUUCUAACCACUUUAGCAGUCUGUGAGCAUCGUUUUUGCACUAAUUAUUUGUAGUAAUCCUCGUUCAGUGUUAAAUCUGUCAAAAGAAGGCGACUGUUUGUUUGACAGUUUCAGGUUGUGUCGACCAAGUUUAUUUUAAGUUUUAGAGAAUUUAAAAGACCUGAUAUUUCAAGGAUAAACAGCAACUUUCCUGUUGAUCUUAUCCUCUCGCGUUCACACUCGGGUUCAUUGUUUCAUUCCUAAAAACGAGCAAAGACAAGUCAGAUGAAGUGGCGUAUAAAGUCUGUCGUAUAUCAGGAUGACAGAUAAGUUGCCGUAACAAUGAUUCAAUGUUCAUGCAUAUGCACAUCAAACAUUCCAUGUUUGAUAUAUUAGUCUUUGCUUUAAUUUUAUUUAAGAGAGUAUUUUUUAUACUAUUUUAAUUUCAUGAUUUGUUGCCUCUUCUGUGAAGGAUUCAGUCUUUUAACUGUAUUUCUGAACAAACAAGGGUUCUCUUGGAUCAUAUUAUUUAUAGUGAGAGGACUGAGCUGUUGUUUUGGAUAUCUGUGUUUUGUUUCCUCCACGUCUGCAGCACGGCAGGUGAGGGAAGGAGAGACGGCGGCUAGUCCAGGACGCGUCGCGAUGCUGCUGAGGGACUGUUUGCCAAACUGUUUUCUUGACAUUUGCUAUUGGCUUCUUUGGGAAUUAGACCUGGCACAUGUAAAACAAUAAGUAAAUAAAUGAAUAAAUAGGGAACACGUGUGUAACCUUUGAAUGAAACAAGCAGAGAACAGCUCUGUCUUGUGCCUUCAUGAUUGUUGAAAUAAAGCUCCUUUUGUUUUGUC